CCUCUGUAUACUUGUAGCUUGCAGCGGCUCAAGUAGACGUGUCCUAACUUCUAUCGCUCCUAGUAAACAAUAACUGUAAACACCGUUUCAUAUCGGAUGAAAGUUGUGUGUCUUUGUGUGCGGGUACGAGUUCCUAGUUCAUUGACUCCGUAGUGUUCUUUACUAAUAGAGUAUUUACAUUGAAUUGAAUUGAAAACAUAUUGACUGUCAUCAUCAAUACGAAUGAUUUUAUAGAGUGUUUUCCUGAGCGUAUUUUUGCAGAUGGAUCGUUUAAGCUGCUGAAGUUCACGUGGUUAAUCGCUCUAGCUUGGUCUGGUUCUUAUCACCGAAGUAUAAAGCUGCAUAACGUCAAAUCUUCCAAAAUCAUCUCUUCUACAGUUUUUAAGCUAUACGGGAAUCAUUUCUUCGACUUGUGAGGACCUUACUCUCACUGCAAACUCAUCGAAUAUGGAUCGUUUAAGCUACUGACAUUGACGUGAUUCACUCAAAUUUGGUUCACAUGUUUUAAUCACUCGAACUUGGUCUGGUUUUUAUCACCGAAGCCAAAAGCUGCACAACUUCAAAUCUUCAAAAAUCAUCUCUUCUACAGUUUUCAAGGUGUACGGGCCUUACUCUCGCUGCAAACUUAUCGAAUAUAAGUAGUGCUACCUCCGAUACAACCCACCCGAAAUCUUCGAUCGCAUAACUAACAACACACGAACUAGCAAUCGUCAGAAUCAUGCCAUCGAGCCAAGCUGACUUCGAGCUGCCCAGUAAAGCGAAAUUCGCGGGCAGCGAGUACUUUCGUUCUUUCAAACCAGUCGCUCUACGAGAGAUUACGCGGGAUUUCGAAUACCCGGAAAUAUUCAACGAAUGGUAUCGUUUGAUGAUCGACGCUGACUUCUGCGAUUUCCUUCAAAUCAUACCCGAAACUCACAUGAAAGUGUACAGCUUGUGCUUAUAUUAUUCGCCCCAUAGAUUGGAGCAAGCGCGCUUACAUGCUUUGAUCAGCUUCAGAAUCCCGUACACAGUGUCAGAUUUUCACCGUCGACUGAGAAAAUACAUGAACUCCACCGAGGAUGUUAUUUAUAAAAAACCGUGGCUGAAGAAACUACAUUGUCUCGACAGCAUCGCCAAAGUCCUUCACAGUUUCGUGUGUAAGCCUGACCUGCAUGGUUUAAAAGUACUAUGCGUUCCAAAAAUAGUUAUGAAACAUGGUGUGUGGCUCCAUAGUGAGGGUUCAGAGUGUAAAGGGAUCAAAGCUAGUAUCUCUGAGAAAAUGUCAAUUGGCUCAAAAUUUAUAUUUGACGGUUGGGACGAAGGUAGUAUAGAAAUGAGAGGAGGUGACUAUGAUGAUGUUUUUGAUUUGCACAAUAGUAGACACUGCAAGUGUCUCGGGGAUGCCCCCGUGCAUCAGGUUCCAAAAUACCGCAUUGAGCGUGACCCAAAAUAUUUAAGCUUUUUCAAUAGCAACAGUGGGUUCGAUUACGAAAGCUUUCUUGAGUACGAUGCAUACGAAGCAAUGUCUCCCCGUACUCUUGUCGCAGAUUACGAAAAUGGUGAUUUGUUUGGUAAUUGGUAUCACGCCAUGAUCAAGCCUGAAUUUGUCCAUUCUUUUCUUUCCGAGCCAAGAAUCAAAAUCUACAGCAUGUGUCUUAGUCACACGAAGACCAAUUCAGGGGAAAUUAAGGGAGAACGUUUGCACGCUUUGGUGAGUUUUAGAGAUGGAUACACGAAAAAUCAGUUUCAACAUGACAUUGUGACCAACUCCCAAGUAUCCCAUGUUGAAAAAAAUUUGCUUUUGGACAUCAACUGUCUUGACCACGCUAUGGGCACCUUGACGAUGAUUUGCUACAGAGAGGGUUACAGAUAUAAGUCCGAUAAAGAGGAAAUCCGAUACGCACGUAAAGUUUACAAAGACAAAUGGUCUCGAGGUGAAAGAGAUUGCUAUUGGGAUAAGUUGAAAAAACUCAUUUCAGAGUAUGCCUCUAGAGGCUCGAAGUAUGUAUACGAGGGAGAGACAGAGCCAAAUGUGUAUGAUAGUAUAUACGAACUGCACUGCCUUGAAGAUUCCCACUAUUGCAUGCGCAAAAGAAGAAGAAUAUAAAAAAUGAAGAAAUAUGUAAAUGAACGGUAAGUUUUGAAAAAAUACGAUGUUCAUCGCCAUUUUUUAUCAGAGUGAGAAGGAGGAGUUAUUUCGUGGCUCAAACAUCACAACAAUCGAAUCGAAGAGGUCUAACAUUCACUCCUAGUUGCACGUCUGCGAAAGAAAUUUUUUAGCACACCGCUUCGAAAAGUAUACCACUGCGAAGACUUAAAUCGGCACAGACGAGUUUUUUCUGAUCUCACACCUCCACGCAAACCUUUGAAAGGCCGCCGUUUUAUGACACACUUCCUGGAAUAAAAUCAAAGACGAAAGUAAUUCUACUCACUGAACGUAAAUAAUGGUACGUAAUCUUACGUUUCGUCUCAUGUUAUGUUAUAUUUUAUGUGAAUUGAUUUUAAUUUAGGAAUAGUGCCACCUGAUGGCGGCAAGUUUUGGCUUCAUUUGCAGUUUAAAACCACGUUCACACCGUUAUAUCCAAUCAUUUAGCUGUUUCAGUACACUUUAUGAGGCUCAAAACUUCAAAGGUAUCUUCUGCAGAUUGUAAAGCUAGGAAUGAGUUUCAGACUCCUCCGAUCUGUUCAUCCUGAUUUUUAAGCUUUCCUGAGUAGCAAUUCUUUUCACGCUCAAACCGAAGUUGUUAAUGGGCCAGUUACGCUGGUCACAGAAUCGUGUUUUGAUUGUUUAUUCUUGCAGACCAACUUAAAAUAAUAAGAUCCGUCCAAACUGAAAUUUUCUACGUUCAAUAUUAACCGAGAUAUCGCGCCUUGAAAAACUCAAUUUAUGACGUCAUCAACCGCGGCAGUACAUACCAUGUCAUGAACUACCGCUAUGGAUGACGUCAAAAACCCCACUUUUCAAAGGACGAAAUCUUGGUUAAUAUUCAACGUAGAAUGUUGCUGUCUGGACAGAUUUUAUUUUUAGCUAAUCCACAAGAAUCGAGCAUCAAAAUACAAUGUUGGUGCCAGUGCAACCGACUCAUUAUAAAUUGUAUAUCAACUGACCAACUUUUGAUUGAGGAAGGCCAUUGAUUACAAGAGGCACUUGUGAGGAGGGGGGCUUCUCUAAGUACCAACCCCACGUAAGGAGGGCGGGAACAAUUUUACAGAACUUUCAGCCUUCCUAAUUAAUAGCAUUGGCGGCACAUACACUCGAGCAAUUAAAUACAUCAUAUAAUUUUGUGUAAAUAACCAUACAGUCCCGAAUAAUUUGCAUAAUUUCUUAUUUCUGAGUAAAACUUAAAAUCCUCCCUUAUUUAAAGCUGUAUACUAAUCACUAAAAAUAUGAAAAUGUGUUGCUUUUUUGUUCAUUGGAAAUAUUUUCGUUGCCUAUGAGAUUAAUUUCACUCCGGUACUUUAUGAUUUUAUAGUUCCAAGAACGAUUCAUAUAUUUUAGCUAUAAUAAGCUUAUUUUGUUCCUAAUUUCGUUUGUUGUUGUUUGUAAUAUUCCGUUAAUAGUGCGAAUAUUUGAUUAAAAUGUUGUGGAAAUUGA